CAGUCAAUACUAAUACGAGUCAUCGAACAAUUGAUUGGACUCUCUCAAACAUUUGCAUUAUCCUUGACUGUAGCGUAUUUUAGGUGGGAAAACUUGCUUCAUCGCUGCAUUCGAAUGACGGCAUUUAGUAGAAAUUGCAUCACGGAUUCUGUAAUUUUCGACAAUCAUAUAAUAUAAGCAGUCUAAACUUUGAUGAUGCACACCUGCUGAUUGUUACAUAUAUUGGACAUGUAUAUAUAUUCAAUUUCCGUCAUACAGCAACCGAUCGAUUCAGAUGCGAUCAUAAAGAGCGUGAUGCAAUCUCGUCGUUUUUUUCUCUGGCUUGUAAUCGCCAAAUUAUGAACAACGGAUCGAGACAGGACGAAGGAGGUUCAAUCGAUAUCUUGAAUCGUGCACAAGAACGGAGAAUAAAAAUCACAAAUUCUAUUUCGUCUUUUGAUCAAACAUCACCUCCACCGAUCGGAGGUCCAUGUAACCGUCGUCAUCUUUCCACCUUGUUGAUUCGAAAUGAUCAUCAUCAUGCCGGUCUCAAAGGGCGACAUUUUCGAAUAAUGGGGUUCACACAGCUUUCGGCAGGACGGUGCAUAUUGCGAUAUGCCUUUAGGAACAAGCGGCUAAGUUGGCAGUACUGUCGCUUCCCGCGUCGCGUGUUCACGCAUGGCCGCGACCCGCGAGUGAUCUCUCGUUAAAAAACGUCUACAAUUUAGGCAACGAGAUGGAAGAAGCGACGAUCGACAGUCCACCCGGGGAUGAUUAUUCGGACGCGAUGGCCUGGACAUCGGCAUCGACGAAGAAGAGCUGCCCGUUACUCCAAGAUACCGAUGAUCGUCGAAACGAAGCGGAUAUGGGACUUGAGCGUGCGGUUGUGCAGCAACAGAAGUAUGAAGAAUCAGAUCGCAUUAAGAGGAAGUCAUCAAGGUCGCAUAAAGUAGUGAGCGCUUGGUCGAUAGUCUGCGCCAUAGAGCUGGGUCUCCUUCAGAAAUCAUCUCUGAAGGAUAUCACUAUCGCAAGUUACUUGGACUUGGAUUUUCUGCGUACCACGAAGAACACGCCAAAGUCCUCCGAUUUCGAGACGAAUCAUUGCGAGGAUGUCGUAUCCGAUCGUUCGUCCGCGAGUAUCUUCGGUGGCUCCUGGCCGUUCAUCGACCCGGCGCGAAUUACGCGAAUCACUUCGAGAAAGUUCAUCCGAAAACGAAGCAAGAGGAAGAGAUGGUCGACGAAACGGCAAAGGAAACCAAACGCAGAUAGCGCGCGUUGGGAUAUCAGUGACGCGACGACGAAUCUUUCAAUCAAGGGAGCCACGUCGUCGGCAGGAUCCCGACGCGAAAAUCUUGUGGUAUCAAAUGGUGGCCCGAUAGGAUUAUCGGAGAACAAGUUUUCGUUGACGCAACUUCACGCUCGGUGGACCGAUCGCAAUGAGGACGAGAAUCGCGAACAUUUGUCCGGAAGUUACGGAUCGGCCGACGAAGACGAAAGAGUUUGUCGAGCAACAUCGGAGACGAGCUCGGACGAGAUCGUUCAGAUUGAUUAUUCCAGUGCCGGAUAUUCCAGAUUCUACACGUCGAAUUGUCAAAAGAAAAAGUCGCAGAAUCGGACGGAAUUGUCGGAAUAUCCCGAUUACUUUUUAAAUGUCUUGCGCAUAGACGAGAAUAAUACCGAGGACGACGAUUUCGAUACAACGUCGAAUUGGGAUAUUUAUAACACGCGAAGCAUGAAUUUUGCGAAAUUUGCCGAACGCGUUCCGCGAGAAAUUAAUACGCGUACAUCCGUUAGGAACGGAAAUACUUUAGGUAGUACCGGAAGGAGAUCAUCGAGAAAAAAGGGUCGUUAUUUAAGAAGCAGCGAGAAUCAUUUGAAGACUCUAAAGAAAAGAAGAAAGAAAUUGAUGCGACAGAAGAAAGAAUCUGGAAAUUCCAUAACGAAUAAUGAUUGCAAGUUGUCGCGAAAUUCCUGCGAUUUGGAGGAAAACUCUCCGGAAUGCAAAUCAGAUGCGAGAGGCGGCUUCGCUGUUGACACGCGUGAUACCGCAAAAAUUGUACAGGGAAGUUGCGAUUGUAAUGCGCGGCGACAUUCUUACAAUUUUACGAAUGCUGCCUGCGCGUGUAAGAGGAAUUUAAAGAGCACAGCCACCGCGAUUAUGCGAGAUAUUCAGGCGCACAUACGUAGCGCGGAAAUUGCGAAGGACGUCGAAAAUAUUCAGGGUUUCACGAUUUUCGCCGAUAGCCCGGGCGAAAAGCCAGGUGUUAAGGAACUUAAUCGGGAUAUUUCCAUGGAGUAUGAUUGGGUCGAAUUGGAGGACAACGGCGGGCUCAACAAUGGUGAAAUAUCCUCCCAGGAGUCGAAACAAUCAUUCGAUCUGGCGGAAUCAUUUAUUCACAUUAAUGUGAAACGAAGGCGUCGUAAAAGACGAUUAAAUAAAUAUUCCAUCGAUUGCCAAUUUGUCGACAGAACGGAAACGGCUUACCAGUGUGUUUUCCAUGAAUGUGUCAAUUAUGAUUCUCCGGUAGCGUCGUCCUCUCUGAAAAUAAACAUGAAUGAGAGUUGGAAAUCGGAAAAUAAUGACAGCGGUGUGGAUAUGAUACAUUCAUCUUGGCGCCGAUCGGUAUCCUUCAUUGAGGAAUGCGAUAACGAAUUUGAUAGCGCGCUGCUACUGGCACGGAAGAUCGUUAGUGAUGGUUCAGCGAAAGGUGAAAAAUAUUAUGAUGAUGAGCACGAGACAUUGGAAAGCACGUGUUACAAGUAUCGCGAAACACCGGAUAUUUAUACGGCGAUUAGUAGGAAUACUUCUCUUCACGAUUCGUGUUCAGAUGAGGAGGACACAAAAUUUGUAAACCAACAAGACAAAACGAGUGCAGUCACGUACAAGAAGAAGGGCAGGGAUAUUUGGAGACUGUCCUCGGAGGAUCACAAAUUUGUUAAGAAUAGAAAUGACAAGGUUCGAGUUACGAGAAACAAGAAAGUCGAUAGCAGGUUACUUUUAAUGCGAAGAGAUCCGGAUGAUAAGGGUACUGAUUUGGAAUAUGAUAGUGAUAAAAAGGAAUACGUUCCGCGAAGAAUAACGAGAGCUUUGGUAAAGACUACUAAGGAGAAUCACGCGGGCAAACUAGUAUGGGGAUACUGCUCAGGAUGGUGGCCAGCUCUGAUCAUCGAUGCCGAACAUGCAGGAAUGGCUUCUAUUUCCGGCAAAUUGUGGGUCUAUUGGAUCGGAGAAUCGCAAAUAUCAUUGCUCACGGAAAAAACGCAGAUACAACCGUUCUCGAGGAACUUGGAGGAUCGAUUGACGCAACCAUCUCGUAAAAAUAUUCGUUCGCGCGCCAUUGACGCGACUAUACAGAUGCUUCGCCAACGUUUCGACUGUACUCUGACAAAGCCUUAUUAUUAUUGGAUACAACGGAAUAUAACUGGAUUCGAGACAUUGGAUGACCUUACAUUUUAUCCAUAUCCAAAAAACAUACAAGACAGACUGGAUACCUUGAAAGAAAAAAACCUCAAAGCUACUGAAAGAUAUAUAUCAAGCCAGAGAAGCUCACCAGAGGCGUCACCGAUAAAGAAACAGGUUACUGAAAAAUACAACAAAGAUACAAAUACAAGUUGGAAACAAAUCGAGGAUGAGCGUUUACCUUUGCAAAAUCAAAAUCCUGGUGUAAUAGCCUGGGCGAAAAUCGCUGGACACUGUUGGUGGCCCGCGAUGAUUAUUGAUUAUCGCGAUUGCUGCUUGAAGGAACCGAAUUUUGGUUGUCAAUGGAUUAUGUGGUACGGUGACUACAAAGUUUCGGAGGUACGUCAUCUGGAAUUUUUGAAAUUUUACAAGGGACUGGAGAAGAUGCGCAACUAUAUUCAAAAUACAGUUAAGCAAGCCUAUCUCGAGGGCGUACUUCAAGCGUCGAAGGAUUAUUGUUCGCGUUUAGGAUGCUCCACGGAUAACUGGACUUUAGAUAAUGUCUUUGAAUAUUUUUCGAAUAUGAAUAAUAUUCACGUACCAUAUAACCAAUUGCAAGUUUCAGACUCUAACAAGAUAUAUGAUAAAUAUUCCGACGAGAUAGUGAAAAAGAUCAACGAAUUUAAAUCCAAGCCAAAUGUAGAUGCUGAACGAAAGAAUGACAUAAAAACAAGUGAUGCUCUGCGUCGCGUAAUAUCUGGAGAAUGCGCAGUGGAAAAAUUAUGUUUGAAAUGUUUGAGGUUUCCUAAAGAUGAAAUGGAGGAACAUCCCUUCUUUAUAGGAUCUUUGUGUAAAGAAUGUUCGCAUGCAUUUAAACCGUGUAUGUUUGUGCAUGGGAACGAUGGCAAGUGUUUUUAUUGCACAGUUUGCGCCGCCACCGGAACUGUCCUUAUUUGUGAUGAAGACGAUUGUCCACGUGUCUAUUGUACUGCCUGUUUAAAAUUUUUGAUAUGCCCAAAAUCGUACGAGGAUAUGUUAUUGGAAGAUCCGUGGAAAUGUUUUCUCUGCAGAGAUGAAUCUAAACAACCUGCGAAUAUGUUAUUGCGUCCGCGAUUGGAUUGGAAUGAAAAAUUUUCCACAAUGUUCCGCACAGCCUCUAAUCCCGCAUCCUAUGAUAUAAAUCUUGUAAGUUAUGAGAUGGAAAAGAGACCCAUACGUGUGCUGUCACUUUUCGAUGGUUUGAGUACUGGUUUCCUAGUGCUUUUAAACUUGGGAAUCAUCGUGGAUGUUUAUUACGCGAGUGAAAUUGAUAAGAACGCUUUAACAAUUAGCUCCGCUCAUUUUGGCGAUCGAAUCACUUAUUUAGGAGAUGUAAGAGACAUAACGAAAGAAAAGAUUCAAGAAAUUGCACCGAUCGAUUUAUUAAUCGGCGGAUCACCGUGUAACGAUUUGAGUCUGGUCAAUCCGGCGCGAUUAGGUCUCCACGAUUCUAGAGGAACGGGCAUUCUAUUUUUCGAAUAUUGCCGAAUUAAAAAAUUGAUGAAGAAAGCCAACAAAGAUCGCCAUCUGUUCUGGCUGUACGAGAAUGUUGCUUCAAUGCCGAGCGAAUAUAGAUUAGAAAUUAACAAGCAUUUGGGGCAGGAACCCGAUGUCAUAGAUGCAGCGGAUUUUUCGCCACAACACAGAUUGCGACUUUACUGGCACAAUUUUCCCUUUAAUCCAUAUAUGCCGUUGUUUGAAAAUCGAGAAGACGUUCAAGAUAAGCUUACGCCAAAUUUAAAUCGUAAGGCUCUUUGCAAGAAACUGCGCACAGUUACAAGUAGAUCAGGUUCUCUGCUACAAGGAAAAGCGGAAGCGAAACCAAUUAUGAUGAAAGGCGAAAGCGAUAAGUUAUGGAUCACCGAGCUUGAAGAGAUCUUUGGUUUUCCACGACAUUAUACGGAUGUAAAGAAUUUGUCGGCCACAAAUCGGCAGAAAUUGCUCGGCAAGUCUUGGAGCGUGCAAACACUUACUGCCAUAUUGCGACCUUUAUGUUUCUACUUUAAGUGCAAUGAAGACGAGAUGAGCAACAAUAUUUCUGCUUUGCAUAAAGACAUCUCACCUCUGUAUCGCGGUAGACAUUUUUAGCAAAAUUUUGGUUGCAGGCAAACAAUCAUAAUCAGGAACGCAUUAUUUUUGUUUUAUGUUAAAACUUUGAUAUAGUUUAUCUAUAGAUAGAUAUUUGCAUGAUGUUUAGACAAUUUUAUAUAUAACUAAAAAUUUUAUUUCUUACAUAUAUAUAUAUAUAUAUAUAUAUACAUCUCCUUUAUUCAAUAUUUCGUCAAUGAUCGGGCGUAACAAACAAGUAUAUAUAUAUAUAUAUAUAUAUAUAUAUAUAUAUAUAUAUAUAUAUAUACAUAUACAUAUA